ACCGCCAAACGGUAAAGGGGUUCGUUUUCUCCUUUGAAGAAUCACAAGAAAUGCCUCUCUCUCUCUCUUUCUCUCUCUAGACUCAGUGAAUUGCGUGCAUUUUUAUAAAAGAAGCGUCCACUGCAAGAAAACUCAAAUCCCUCUCUUUUUUUAAUAAUAUUUAUUAUAAAUAUAAAUAUGGAAGAACAAUAGAAAGAUUAGUUUUUUAAGAGAAUUGAUCUCAUUUCCUUUCUUCUCAUUUUCAUUUACAGAAUCCAAUCCCCUUCUCCCAAACGAUUCAUACCCAUUUCAUCUCUCUUCUUCAUCUUCAUCUUCUUCUUCUUUCCUUUUUGGAAAUUUAAUAAACAAAAAGUAAUAAUCUGAGUCUCUGGAUUGGAUUGGACUGAAUCUCGUUACUUCCCGUCUUUACAAAAGUGAUUAUUUCGAUUAGUGGUGAAUAUAGAAAACGAGACAUUAAAGAAUGUUGGGGGAGUUGAUUUCCAGAAUCCUUGUAAUGGUUUUUGGGUAUGCAUACCCUGCGUUUGAGUGUUACAAAGUGGUGGAAAGGAACAGAGCCCAAAAUGAAGAACUUCGAUUUUGGUGUCAAUAUUGGAUCCUUGUAGCCAUUCUAUCAGUGCUAGAGAGAGUUGGGGACAUAUUCAUUUCAUGGUUGCCCAUGUAUGGAGAGCUCAAGCUGGCCCUUUUCAUCUAUCUUUGGUAUCCGAAGACCAAGGGAUCUGAUUAUGUCUACGAUGCCAUAUUACGGCCUUAUGUCACAAAGCAUGAAAUAGACAUUGAUCAUAAGCUACUGGAGUACAGAGCAAGGGCCUGGGAUUUGGCCCUUUUCUACUGGAAAAACUGUACUGAAUUGGGCCAGACAGCAUUCUUUCAAGUCAUACAAUACGUUGCUGCUCAGUCGGGAAAGUUUGGCAGCCAUAAUGAAAAACGAUGAACAGAGAAACAGAACAACCAACCAUGCCACAUCUGAUACAAUGAAAUCUAAGAUUGUUCAAGUUCAACCCCACAAAGAAACAGAGUAUGUACAUAUUGUAAAAGAAUUCAUGGCUGAACCUGUCAAACAAGAUGGUGGAGUUGCUCCUACUACUAACUCAGAAGGUGGUCUUUUUAACCAAGCUCGCCAAAGGCUUAGGCGAUUCAAACCACUCAGUUAGAAUUUGUAACACACAAAUACUUGUACAAAAAUCAACUAAAAACAAAUAGGAUAAUUGGGUUCAAAACUUCUUACUCAUUCAAAUGUAGAAAUUCAUUUCUUUCUUUCUUUUUUUUUUUAUUUAUUUAUUUUUAUUCCUGUAAUAUAUGCUGAUUUCCAUUUUAUAAAAUCAAAAAAAAAAAAAAAGAUGGCUUCUUUUUACUAGUGAUUUUCAUUACAAUUUCUCACCCAAGCAAAGAAAAAACAGAGCAUGAAAACGUAAUUAGAAAUUAUAAUCACCGUUAUCUGGCCGAACGGACUCGAAGGGCAAUGAGAAUCCGAUCAACGGCUCUGAUCAAAGUAGGAACUACGACUCGUCUGAAGAAGCCGAGACAAGACGUGACGGGGUUGUGAACGGCGGCGAGCCUGACCCAGAUACGGCCGAGGAAGUGUGAGCCGUUGGAGCUGGGAGAAGAAGACAUGGGCUGGAGGUAAGCCCAAGCGGCCUGCUUCACGAGCCGGUUGCGGAUAGAGAUCUCGUAGCCGGAGGAAACUGCCGUCGGCGAGUUGAUCCCGACGGCGGAAGGGGAAAAGGGUAAGAGGUCUUUUAAUGAAGUGUAAGGUUGGGAAGAAGAAGAAGAAGAAGAGUUCUUGAAAGAGAUGAGCUCGAAGUCUAGGGAUGGCGGCGGAUGAGCCGCGUAACCAUUUCGGUUUUGGAUUGGGAAGCUUGAGCUGUGGCGAGACUUGGCGGCGGCGGCGGCUGGAAGAGAGAGAGUGGCUGGGAUGACUGAAGAAGUGGAUAUAGAGUUACGGCGGCGGAGAUUUGAAGUUGGUGGUGGUAGCUCGGCGGAGUUGGCCAUGGCUGUGUGAUUAGUUAUUUUAAUUAUAUUUAAAUUUUCGAGAAGAGAGAAAGAGACGAUAACAAAAAGCCAAGAAAUUAAGGAAAAAAGAAACUAUGAUAUAACAAAGAAUGCUUUUGGUUUUCGUUUGGCUUUCUUAUUUUUGGUUUUUGCUUGUUUUUCAAUUAUUAUUAUGCC